UGUGUUUUGUCAACGUACGUUGACAAACUAUUUUUAUUUUUUUUUUAAUUUAUUUUUUGUUUUGCAAAGUAUUAUUAUUUACAUAAGAACCGUUUAAUAUGUUAACUGAAUUUACUGGAAAUCUAGCUCAUCAUUUAGAAUUUGGGCAUUCAUUAACAAUUGUUGCAAAGACUAUUGAUGGAGCAUCAAGAUUUCAUAUAAACUUGUGCACUUCAAAAACUGCAACAAAUCCAGACUGUGAUGUGGGCCUACGUUUUUCUUGCUAUUUUCGUGAAGACAACAUAGUACGAAAUUCUCGCAUAAAUGGAGCAUGGGGUGAAGAAGAGACCAACAUACACUUGGACGAGCAUACCGCUCGAAAUCCAAUAGUCUCUGGAGACUUCUUCAUGAUUUAUAUCUUUGCAACAGAAGAUAAAUUUCAUAUUUCAAUCAACAGUAAACCUUUUUGCACAUAUCCAUAUCGCAUUCCAUUAGAAUUAAUUCGUACACUUGAGAUCCGCGAUCACAUUCAAACUAUCAAACAAAUUGACCACCGAGCUGCUUUCCCUAUUCCUUGGCCAGCGAUACAUGCUUCAGAUUUUGGAAAAUCUUUUAGCAAUGAUAUUCCGAUAUUAUUUAGUCCUGGACAUGUAACAGUCAUAACAGCUAGGUGUUUUGACAAUAAGAAGGGACAAUUCAUCAUAAAAUUCACAGAAAGUGAUACAAAACGGGAAGAAUUGCAUUUCAGUGUGCGUUUUGAUCAAAAAGUAGUUGUUCGAAAUUCUAUGAACAAAAGUUUUGAAUUUGGUAUAGAAGAAAGACAUGGAGGUUUUCCAUUUACUUUUAAUCAACAAUUUACCCUCGCAAUAGCAUUUACGGAGCAUGAGUUCAUGUUUGCAAUUGAUGGCAGACCUUUUUGCACGUUCGCAUAUAAAAGCCAAAAUUCUUUGCAGAAUUUGGUUGGAUUUAAGAUAACGUGUAUAAAUGGACUUAGGAUGCAUGUUACACAAGUCGAUCAUGUUCAAAUGGGAGACGUGUCGUGUCGAGGAUUUGAAAGCUACUCAGCGUAUGGUUAUGAAAUUGCAUGAUGUGUUUUUUACAUAUAUUUUAUAAAUGCUGUAAUUUUGAG